AUGAGAAAUCCGAUUCAGAUUUCGCCUCUACUUGCGCUCAAGUAUAGUUCUGAAAGGUUGGAACUAGUCGAAGCUGAUUUGGAACAUGCUGAAGAUUGGUCAAGUGUUCUCGAUGGUUGCGACUAUAUUCUUCACGUCGCAUCCCCUUGGCCAAUUAUCGCCGAUGAGAAUACGGUGAAAGUAGCCGUUGAAGGUACCACGAACAUCUUGAAGGUGGCCGCGAAGAUACCAACAAUUAAAAAAAUCGUCUUGACAAGCAGUUGCUCGGCAAUUAAUGAUGGCCACAAAAAUGGAUCGCGUAUCUUCAAUGAGGAAUGCUGGACGGAUUUGCAAAGUGAUGCAGUGGAGAAUUAUGCCCGUUCCAAGACGAUCGCUGAGCGAACUGCGUGGGAUAUGUGGCACGCCAUGGAUCCCGACAACCGAUUUCAAUUAACCGUUAUCAAUCCAUCGCUUGUGGUUGGCCCGGUUCUCUCGAAUCAACCACAUGGCAGUGCUACGAUAAUGGGAAGAAUGAUGAGCAGACGCGAUUAUCUUGCGUCACCGAAAGUUUCAAUCGGUCUUGUUGAUGUUCGAGACGUGGCUCGAGCUCACAUCACCGCAAUGACCACUCCUGAAUCUGACGGACAUCGCAUUCUGGUCACAGCUACACCAUGCGUUUGGUUCGGUGAUAUCACUCGAUGGUUACGCAAAGAAUUCAAAAGUCAAGGUUAUGACAUAACGCAAUUCGUUAUACCGAAUUGGAUACUUCGUUUGUAUAAUAAAACAGGAGUUGAUCCGCAAACAAACGCCAUAAUGCAUAGGCUUGGACCGGAACUUCGCUUUAACAACACAAAGCGCUUUGGGAAUUUUCUGACAUCUUUCUCGUUUCAGUCAAAAAAAUUGUUGAAAAUGGAGUACACUGAUCCGCAGGAAUCAAUAAUCGACAUGAUGUAUAGUAUGAUUGAGCACGGCAUGGUGAAACGUACGUCCAAGUUUAAACCACCUCCUAAUCCAUCUAACAAGGUUCACUGUUGUCGGAUUAUAAAUCCGCGUUCUUCUUCUACAAUCAUUUAA